CGACUUCCGUCUCGUAACGUCCGGUUCCGGGACAAGCGUCAGGGGGCGCGGAGGGCCGAGUGUCUGGUGUCUCAACCAAGUGAAGGUUGAGGAUGGGCUGGGGCUGGAGGCUGCCGUGCUGUGGACAUCAUGUGGCCGCCGCCCUGGCCGGGGUGCGAGGUGUGCACGCUGGCCUGCGAGGAGGCUGGAGCCGGGCGGCAGGCGGAGGGAGCGCGGCGGGGCAGGUACACUGCUCCCUUACGCAGCCAAUGUUUUUAAGAAGCUCACUGAGCACUCUCUUGUGCAGGCCACAGUCCAGGCUUCUCCAUUUAUCCCGGGUACCGUGCUGCUACAGUAAGACCAACAGCGAGGCCAAAUACAAGGAUCCAUUUAAACUUGGGAGCAGAGAUCUGAAGAAUCUCUAUGAGGAUAUCAAGAAGGAGCUGUUUAUGACGACGCAGGAGCUGAGGGAAAUGUGCGAAUAUUAUUUUGAUGGAAAAGGGAAAGCACUGAGGCCAAUGCUGGUGGUGUUAAUGGCACGAGCCUGCAACAUCCACCAUAACAAUUGCCGGGAAGUGCACCCCACCCAACGGUCUAUUGCAGUCAUUGCUGAAAUGAUCCACACGGCGAGUCUAGUACACGAUGAUGUUAUCGAUGGUUCUGAUUCACGGAGGGGAAAGAAGACGGUCAACCAGAUAUGGGGUGAAAGAAAGGCUGUCCUGGCAGGCGAUUACAUAUUGUCUGCAGCCUCUGUAGCCCUGGCACGAAUUGGAAAUGCCACAGUUAUCUCUGUGUUAUCUCAGGUCAUCGAAGACUUAGUACGUGGUGAAUUUCUUCAGUUGGGCUCCAAAGAAAAUGAAAAUGAACGAUUUGCUCACUACCUCGAGAAGACGUUUAAGAAGACGGCGAGUCUGAUAGCCAACAGCUGUAAAGCAGUGUCAAUCUUGGCCUCUCCUGAUCCUGCGGUCCAUGAGAUUGCAUACCAGUAUGGAAAGAACAUAGGCAUAGCCUUCCAGCUCAUCGAUGAUGUCUUAGAUUAUACAUCUUGUGCUGAUCAGUUGGGAAAACCAGCGGCUGCAGAUCUGAAAUUAGGAUUAGCCACCGGUCCAGUUUUAUUCGCUUGUCAAAAGUUCCCCGAGCUGAACGCUUUGAUAAUGAGGAGAUUCAGUUUACCGGGAGACGUUGAACAAGCAUGGCAGUAUGUCAGACAGAGUGAAGGUGUCCACCAAACCACCUACCUCGCCCAGCGCUACUGUAGCGAAGCAAUCCGAGAGAUCAGCAAACUGCAGCCGUCCCCCGAGAGAGACGCUCUCAUUCAGCUGACAGAAACGGUGCUAACAAGGGACAAGUGAUGGAGAACUGGAACUCCACCAGGCAGCUACCACCAAACAGUGCCUCAAGCCACACUUACCGAAACACAGCCGGUUUUGCUUCCUGUGCGGGCCACCAAAAAGACUUUUCGAGAAGAACCUGCGAGAUGUUUAUUACGCCUUUCACCGUGACAGUACUGUAUUUUUUUUUUUUAAGAUUUUGAUUUUAUCAGUGUAAAAGCCAUAUUAUGUCUAAAACAGGGGGGGCAAAAUCUAUUUGAAAGCAUAAAAUCUAUUCUGGAUCUCAAAGAAGUUAUAUUUUUAAUUGUAUUUUUUUAUCCUAGCGCUUAAUCAAAUAUUAAUAUUAUCAUUGAAACAGAAUGAAGUGGCAGAAAUGGCAGCGACUGGUUGGACGGCCUUGAGGUAUUAGAGACUGUGUAGGGCGAAAUAAUAUCCAAUAAUCCGGCACGUGGCGGCGGUAAUUAUCUUCUUAGUCAAAUUCUACAGCCCCCAUGUCUCAAUCAUUGUGCCAUUCAUCUAAAAUUGGAGAGCGGAUGUUUUGGCACUAAAGGAACACUGACCUUAGAAAUUCUCUCUGCAGAUCUCUCCAUCCUCCUAUGUUGUCUGGUGUUGAUAUGUAUUUCCCAGGAGGUCGGCUAUAUCCCCUCUCACUGUCCCGCGUCUUGCUGUAGAACAAUCCACCUCCGCCAUGGCUCUGUUUGCAGCACGCUUACCAAAGUUGCACGCCAAUUCUGGCAGAAAAGUUGCAAAUUUCAGAUCAAAAGGCAUUCUGCACAAAACUGGAGACUUUUGACAGUUCUCCGCCAUUCUCUCUCUAGAGAAGUCGACGGAGCUGAACAGAGGAGGGACACAUUUACAAUCAUUUGGUGUCAAUUAUAGCCGAAAGCUAGGAACCGGCAUAGAUUGCAGCAUGUGGCACAUGGGCAGUACAAGAUGCGGUACAUUUGUUAAAAGGUGUGCACCUCUUAAAGGGGUUAUCUGAGACUAAUAAAUGUCCCCCAUAUGCUUAGGCCCCUCACACUGAAUGUACUUACCUGGCUCCCUGCACCGCUGCUGCUUCUCCCCGUGCUCGG